GCUCACCUGCUCUUCAGAGCCUGGAGGCUUUCAGGUGGCAUUUGACCUCUUGUUCAUAAAUAAGCAUUAAGACUACCAAUGAAAAGAAGCUCCUCUGUCAACCUCUCCUAGGAAAAGAAUUGGAUCAAAGCUCUCAAGUGUUCUAAACAAGAUCAUAAGAUGAAGUUACUAGGUUGGAUGCAUCGUAAGUUUCGGCAGAAUAGCAACGAGCCAUUUAAAGUUUUUGUCAUUGGGCAGCCAUCUCUCGAUGAUCAACAAUGCUAUCCUAAGCCAAACUGUGGCACAAAGCCCUUUAAACAAACCCAGAGAGACCAGCACCUUCGGAAGUCUUUCAACGGUCUAGAGGCAGCCAGGGCAGAAGAAGAAUACUAUGAAGAUGAAUCAUCUGCUGCAGCAUCUGAGCUCUUCCAUGGCUUCCUUGCAAUUGGUACCCUUGGCUCAGAGCAAGUCAUCACGGAACCAUCAACUCCAACACUUGCCAUCUCUGUGGAGAACAUAACUGAAAAAGAGACUGAGGUCACAGAGAAUGAAUUGAAGCUCAUCAAUGAUGAAUUGGAGAAAGUGCUGGCAGCUGAUUCAGCUAAAGAUGAGAUUUGCAAUGAUUCAUCUGGAAGAAACAGCCAUGUUAGCAAUGGAAGAAGUAGCCAUGGUAGCACCAUCACACUAAGUGGCAAGACACUGGAAGGCUCAGAGAGCAAUGGGAUUAAUGGAACCACAGUGUGCCCACUCCAGGGAUAUCUAUUUGGGUCAGCAUAUGAAUUGUCAGAAACAACAACAGUGGCAAAGAAGGAACACAGGACAUCUCUUGGCGAGCUGUUUCAGAGGACUAAAUUGGCAGAGGAGAUUUCUGGACCGAAAUCGGCCAAGGAGGAGAAGCGAGCAGAGAAGGAAGCUGAAAAGUCUGCCAUGCACUUGAUGAAAAAGAAGCUCAAGAAAAAAAUGCUUUAUGCUUCUUCUCGCAGCUCUGGUGGACCUGCAGAUCCUUCCUCAGCAGAAACAAAACUGAAUAAGAUCCUUCACAUGUUCCACAGAAAAGUUCACCCUGAAACCUCAUCUGCUGAGCAAAAAACUGGUAAGUACCAUAAGAACGAAAACAAGAAGAAAACAAGCAAUGAUGGGGCUUACAACAGUGGAGAUCAGGUGCUCCCAGAUGAAGACAUCAUGCUAUAUCCUGAACGAGGCUUCUCCUUGAAGCAGAGCAUGCGGCGCUACAAGAGUCAAUCAAACCCACCGCAAUUCGCGCUUAGCAGCAUUGAUUCAAAUGAGAACAGGGAGCACUGGAUCAAAACAGAUGCAGACUACUUAGUCUUGGAGCUGUGAAAGGUGAAAGGAAGAAGAUGGUUUUCCAGUUGGGUUUUCAAAUUAAUUUGUGAAGCUUGAUCAGUAAGAAAGAAGUGAUUAUAGUUACUGUUUGUAAGAGUGAGAAUUUACUUUGUUGGUGUUACUUGGUAGUGUUGGCAUUUGCCAAUAAUGAUCAAAUUAAAGAGCAUUUGAAGAAGAGAUAAAUAAAA